UCUAGAAAAGUGUUGGAACAUGUCUCUAUUGUUCUAUUGGACAAGCUACUUAAAUUGAGCCAAAUCCUUCUCCUUUAAUUAUAAUGACUAAUGACUACUACUUACUAUAGUCCCAUCCAAGCUUUUGAAUCAUUACCUAGUCACUUUCACAAAAAGUAUCAAACAAGUUAGUUAAUAGUACUACUAUAUAUUUUUUAUUAUAGAUACCCUAGUUGAUUAUAAUUGUUGUAUUGGUUCUAACUCUUGCACAAUUUCAAAUCCAUUCUGAAAUGGACAUAAAAGAUCCUUAUGAAUAUCAUAAGAUUCCUUCUUAUAUGCUUGUUGAGGCCACUGGUGAUUCUGAAGUUGAUUCUAAUGAUCCAACUUUUGAUGAAUUUGGUUAUGAAAUUGGUUGUGCAGAUGAUGAUGAUGAUGAUGCUCAAUCUUGUUGCCAUGAUAAUGCUGCUGAAUUCAAGGGAUAUGAGUCUUUGAAUGAUGAAGAUGAUGACGAAGAUGUGAAGAAGAAGAAGCAAAAAGGUAAUGUUCAUGGUGAUUCAUAUUGUGAAGAUGAUGAGAUGCAAGAAGAGAACAACUACAAGUCUUUUGUGUCUGAUGAUUCUUCAUCAGACCAAGAGUUUGUAGAUGAGAAGGAAAAGAACAGGCUCUUUUGGGAAGCUUGUUUGGCAUCUUGAUUGUAUUCUGAUAUUUUUCUUUCUAAAUCACUUUUAUGGAUUUCUGAUAAUCACUUAGAGGCAUAGCAUCACUUAGAUGAAAGCUUCCAAUUGUAUCUAUGCUAUUUAUUCUGAUUUUAUAAUUUCUUAACAGUUCAUACUAUAUUUCAUUAUUUCUACACAUUCAAAUUUCAUAUGUUGUUUCUACAUUUUGUUCUAUAAUUAAUCUAAUAAUUUUUUUCUUCAUUAAUUCUGUUUGGUAUGACUAAUAGUUUAUUGAUAAGUGUGAUGUGUCGCUC